CGCCGAAAGCACAUUUUACUGGGAGUUAAUUGGAACGCCUGAAACUAUAAGUAAGCCCAUAACAAAGUGAGCCCCAAAUGUUAUUUUUGUUUGUAACUUGUUAUCUGUGCCCGCUUACUUGUUUUUUCCGGGUCACUAGACAUGCACCAAUCAAAAGCCCACAGUAAAAUUCUGAUAGAAAGCAAUUUAAGCAUUUGAUAAAAUGCUUGAAAGAAAGGUGGUGAUAAAUAUGCGCCACGAGUCCCUAAGCUUUGGCGGGAGAUGCUGCAGACAGCAGCCGCAUAUUACGCGCUGAGAUCUUCUUCUCUCUUCUAUCAGCAAAACGCCUAAUUUUUUCAGCAAGACAAUGAGGAGACAUUGGCGGCUCUGUCUCAAGAGUUGGAACGUGACAGCUAAUAUGGAUCCAUAUUGCAAAAGAAAAGGAUUGUUAUGUGUAUUGAGCUUCCUACCAUAUAUAAGAUAUAGAAUGGGUUGUCUUAAACACCAAGACCAAUUGCACAUUCAUAUUCUCGGUAGGCUUUCUUCUGCAAGAAAUUAAAAUGGCUUCUUUUCAUCUCCGUUCCAACAGCUUGCCCUCUACAUCUCAUCCCCUCAGCAUAAGAAUUGAGGAGCAACUGCACAAGUUGAAGACUUCAUAUUCCUCAUCAAUAGCCCUGAAAUUGGCUUGUCUUAAAGAGUUAUACGAGUGCGUUGGUGAUUUUCUUCAACUGCAUCACACACAACAGGCUCUCUCUCAUGAGCACCAAAAACAAUAUGUGGAGGAAGCACUGAAUGAAUCUUUGGGGCUGUUGGAUAUCUGCAGCGCCACAAGAGAUUUUUUGUUGCAAAUGAGAGAAUGUGUGCAAGGACUUGAAUCAUCUAUUCGAAGAACAAGAGGAGGAGAAUCUUGUUUGAAUGAAGUUGAUGCAUACAUGGUAUCUAGAAAAAAAUUGACUAAAGUAAUUUGCAAGUAUCUAAGAAAUCUGAAGAGAAAUGAGAAGAAUUGCAGAAAAACAACUUUGGCUGAUUACUCUGAUACAGUAAUUACAAUGCUAAAAGGUGCUGAGGAGAUUAGUCUAGCUGUGUUUGAGUCCAUCUUAUAUUUCACCAUGCAGUCUAAGGCAAAAUCAAAGCCCUCUGGAUGGUCCAUUGUCACAAAAUUAUUGCAACCCAAGCAUGUAUCUUGUAAAGAGGAAGUUGAAGCCAAUGAAAUGGAGAUGAUUGAUGCUGAAUUGCUUCUCUUGAAGUCAAGCAAAGACAUCAAUCAGGUACAAAAUGUCUUGAAAGGAUUGGAGGCUAUGGAGUCAAGUCUUCAGGAAGCAGGGGAAGAGUUAGAGUGUGUCUAUAGAAAAUUGGUGAAAACCAGAGUUUCUCUUCUCAACAUUUUAAAUCAUUAGUGUUGUUGCUUCAAACAACCCCUAGCAAAAUUUUGUAUCAAUCAAUUUUGUCCAUUAUUGUAUAUAUCAUACAAAUAGAAGUAAUUCCAAGUUAAUACUGAUACACUUCUGAAAACAUUUUCCUUAAGGUUGCUGUGUAUCUUCUCUCUCAAUUUGUAUCUUCUCUCUUUGUGCUUUUUGUUCUUCACUGCAAGGGAAUUCAAAAUGUUGCGUUUUUUCAAUUUA